GGCCAGGUGCCCUCCUCCAGCUGGCACCAUGCAGCUCUCUCUUGCCCUGUGUCUCGUCUGCCUGCUGGUGCACGCAGCCUUCCGUGCGGUGGAGGCCCAGGGGUGGCCGGCCUUCAAGAACGAUGCCACGGAAAUCAUCCCGGAGCUGGGCGAGUACCCAGAGCCCCCGCCAGAGCUGGAGAACAACAAGACCAUGAACCGGGCCGAGAACGGAGGGCGGCCUCCCCACCACCCCUUUGAGACCAAAGACGUGUCCGAAUACAGCUGCCGCGAGCUGCACUUCACCCGCUACGUGACCGACGGGCCCUGCCGCAGCGCCAAGCCGGUCACCGAGCUGGUGUGCUCCGGCCAGUGCGGCCCGGCGCGCCUGCUGCCCAACGCGAUCAGCCGGGGCAAGUGGUGGCGCCCGAACGGGCCCGACUUCCGCUGCAUCCCCGACCGCUACCGCGCGCAGCGGGUGCAGCUGCUGUGUCCCGGCGGCGCGGCGCCCCGCGCGCGCAAGGUGCGCCUGGUGGCCUCGUGCAAGUGCAAGCGCCUCACCCGCUCCCACAACCAGUCGGAGCUCAAGGACUUCGGGCCGGAGGCCGCGCGGCCGCAGAAGCCCGCCGCGCCUCCCCAGCGGGCGCCCCGGAACCAGGCGCCCCGGGCGCCCCAGGCUUCUGCCCUCUGCGCGCGGUCUGAUUGUAUUUCAUUUUAA